GCGACGGGGCCGGGGAGGCGGCGGGACCAUGGAAUCCGCGGCCAAGGGCGGCUACGUCCUCGCCAACCUGGCCGAGGUGGUGGAGCGCGUCCUCGGCUUCCUGCCCACCAAGGCGCUGCUGCGCGCCGCCUGCGUGUGCCGGCUCUGGAGGGAGUGCGCCCGGCGGACGCUGCGGACGCGGCAGCGAAUCGCGUGGGUGUCGGCGCUGGAGCCGGGCCCCGCCGAGAACCACGCGCUGGUGCGCGCGCUGGCCCGCGAGCUCGAGAAGGUGCAUGUGCUGCCGCAGACCGUGCUCUACAUCGCUGAUGCGGAGACAUUCAGCGGGCACGAGGAGUGUCACGAGCAAAAGAAAGCCAGAAAAAGAAACAGUAAAGAAACAGCCCUGGCACUUGAAAAGUUGUUGCCGAAGCGAUGUCAAGUUCUUGGACUGGUCACCCCAGGGAUUGUAGUUACCCCGAUGGGUUCAAGCAGCAAUCAACCUCAAGAAAUUGAAGAGGGCGAAGCUGGGUUUGCUCUGUUGUUUCCCAAAAUUGAUGGGGUGAAAAUUCAUACCUUCCAUUUUUCUAAAGACGUGAAAAACAGGGUCUUUGAUGAAAGUAAAUUUGCUGAAGCAGGUCUGAAGAAUAACCCAGAUCUCCGUGUUGUUCUUCUGUUUGGCUACAACUCCUGGAAGACUGGAGCUACUCGAUUUCUUCAUCAAAUAGUCAAUCCAUUGAAUGAGAAAAGUAUUAUCCUGGCUGGAGGACAAGUGGAGAGCUUUACAUCACUGACCUCUGAGAAUAACCACGCCCAGCCCGGUGACGCCUGCGGCGUGGUUGGGCUGGCUUUCAGCGGUCCCCAGAUCCAGAGCGCCACUGUCCUGUUAGACCAGGACGUGGCUGACGAGAGGACGGCAGAAGCGGCCAUGCAGCGGCUCAAAGCAGCGAACAUCCCCGAGCACAACACCAUCGGCUUCAUGUUUGCCUGUGUUGGCAGAGGAUAUCGGCAUUACAAAACCAAAAGGAAUAUGGAAGCAGAUGCGUUUAGGAAGUUUUUUCCGAAUGUACCCCUCUUUGGCUUUUUUGGACAUGGGGAAAUAGGAUGUGAUCGAAUAGUUACUGGGAAUUUCGUGUUAAGAGAAUGUAAUGACAUAAAGGAUGACCUGCUUCAUGGUUAUACUACUGUUAUGACUCUUAUUCACCUUGGUUCAACUAAAGCAAACCAAGCAUAAGUUAGGCGUAAUGCUUCAGUGAGCUGUUUGUUUCAUUUCAGAGAGCUGAGAAGUCUGGAAGAGUGGACAUCUUGCAGUCAAAGCCCCUUCCAAAACGUAAACAUCAUUUUGGUAAUACUAUCGAGUCCUGUAGUUGCAAUAGUUUACUGUAAUAUCUGUGAGAAAGCCUUGCAUUUUGUGUAAUCCUCUGUACACAUCAGAAUUGCAGGAAAUUAUAUUUGAUGGAAUUCUGCAACUGAAGAAAGCCUCUUUCUUCCAAAAUGAAAAUGGUUUCUACGAUUCAUAGAAUAUGCUGAAUUGGAAGGGACCCAUCAGGAUCCUUGAGUCCAACUCUUGGCCCUGAACAGGACACCCUAAGAAUCCCACCAAGUGCCUGAGAGUGUUGUCCAAACUAUUCUUGAGCUCAGGCAGGCCUUGGUGCUCUGACCACUUCCCUGGGGAACCUGUUCCGGUGCCCAGCCACUCUGGGUGAAAAAUUUUUUCCUCAUAUCCAACCUAAACCUCCCUGACUCAGCUUCAUGCCGUUUCUUUGAGUUCUGUCACUGGUCACAAGAGUGAAGAGAUGUUGAAGACCACAAUGAACUCUUCCCUCAAUCUCCUCCAGGCUGAGCAAACUAAGUAUCCUCAGCCACUCCUCAUAAGGCUUCCCCUCCAGAUCUUUCACUUCCUCUUGGCAUUCCUCCGGACUCCCUCUAAACUUGAUGUCUUUUUUAUACUGAGGUGCCCAGAGCUGCCCCCAGGACUGGAGACUGGCCCAGUGCAGAGGUGGCAGGACAUUCUCCUCCCUGGCCUGGCUGGCAGUGCUGGGCCUGAUGCCCCCCAGGAUACUGGAUUGGAUUGGCCCUCCUGGGUGCAGGGCACAGCUGGCUCCUGCCCAACUUGCCACUGACCCCAGCUCCCUUCCCACAGCUGUUCUCCACCCUCUUGCUCCCCAGUCUGUGCACACAGUCCAGCACUUGGCAUUGUUAAUUCCAUAUGGUUGGUGAUUGCCCAUCUCUCUAGAGCCUCUGUCCUUGAGGGAGCUGACAGCUCUUCCCAAUUUAGUGUCAAUGCCAAACCCAAACCCAAGUGUAGAAAAAACCAGUACUUCGAUGUGCUCUAUUUAUGUAUGUAAAACACUGUAGGAAAACUACUGAUGCAUUAAAUCUACCAUUUCCUGGAUUUUAUUUCUAGAGAGAUGUUGAACUUUCCCAGAGCCCUGCUUACAAAACUGAACAGUUUUACUCUAUAAAAUCAAUGAAAAUCUUUAGAGUAAAGUAACAAAAUUCUUGUUAAAUAAAGACAGAAGUAUGUUGAAGUACCUUGCCUUCUAUUCUUAGAGAAAAAGCUCUGAUUUAAAGAUGUUGUCUGGCCAAGAGUUCAGCUGGGCUCAUCACCCUGAACUGAAUUUCAGUUGCUUAACUGUGCUGCUCAGAAUAUAGCGGUUGCCUCUGUUGUAGCGAGAUUACAAUCUUUUAAAUCCAGAGUGCUUAGAAAUAAGUCUAUCUGUCUUUAAGUUUCCCUAGGGAGAUUUUUGUUCUUAAAUUUGGAAUUGUGGGACACACAAGACCUGGCUAUAUUAUAUUUAUAUAGAGACUUAAAGUAAGACUUGUGCUUCUGCAUGUUUUUCCUAUGCUUUUACAUCAGUCACCUGUUUUGAUUGCUGCAGCUGGCAUGCAGUAUCAAGUGAGUAAAUUCAGCAUAGUCUCAGUAUAGCUAAUAAUAUAUUUGCUGCUUUUUAAAUUCUUUCCUCCCUUUCAUUUUCACUUAGCAAUGAUAAGAAUAGCAUGACAAGAAAAUAGGAUUAAUUUUGCACCGUAUCACCAGAUUUCUAAAUGCAAAAUCAGGCAGCUGGCCCAUUUUCAGUGUGGUAAAAAGAAAAUACCUGUAUGUUGUACAACAAAGUAACAUUUUUUUGCUUUAAAUGUACCAAAGAAAACCUCAGCAACUUUAUUCUCAUGUCUAGUUAAAACCUUCCUGAACUUGGCCUAACAAGCUUUAGUAGGGGUGUGUCUGUCCUUGGGCAUUAACUGUUGGUGACAGUAUGUGCUGAGCAUAGGCAGCACUUCCCCAUGGCUGUAUUGAUAGGGUUUUGUUAAUUAGAAGAUAGGAUGAGCUCUGAACUCCCAGUGGCCAUCUGUGGAUGGGAGAUUAGUAAGGUGUGUCUUGGAUAACAUUCAGUUAUUUCAUUUAGAGGGAGAGGUAUCUGGAAGUGGAAUUUGGUUGAAGUUUUGGAGAAGCCCCUUGAUGGGAGGUGACUGUUAUUUUAGCAUAACCAGAAUGUCUCAUUUGGCCCUUUGUGUCUGCAUAAGCUUCAUGUUUAACAGGACAGAAAGGAAAUGUUUUGUUUCUGUAAUGCAGAUAGGAUUGCUGGUGCUGCCAGCCAUGCUGACCAGCCUAGGAAGGUUGACUGCUUGCUGUAUUAGAGCAGUUGAAGAGUGACCCUCAGCAACAGUGCAGACUGAGCCAGAAGGUCAGAGAAGUUGAUGGUGAGCUCAGACAAUGGCACAGCUAUUCCAGAAGGGCCAGGGUGGUCUGCAGGGGACAGUCAGCAGGUCCUGUAGCUGAGGAAGCUUCAGAGGUAAACACAGUACAGAAAAGGGGGUGGAGAGGGUCUGCAUCAGAAUCCAGGAAUCCUCUCCAGCAUCAAGUCUGGGGAUGAGCCCAAAAUACCCUGGUACCAAUACACUGUCUGUCCCAGGCCACAUCAUGCCUUCCACGUGACAGGGAAGUGGUGCAAGUGAUAAAAUUGCAACAUCUGUGAUUAAAGUGUUUUGCUAUCCAAA